AGAGUUGGUCUUCUAGUCGAAAACCAAUGAGAUGAUGAUGCUUUCCCCUCUACAAUCAUCAUCUGUAUAUCCAUGAUUUUGCAGAGGUUUAAAAUAUUAUUGUGUGGGUUGCCAUCUUGGUGGCAACAAGAUGGAGGGUAGUUUAGAAUUUAAGAUGGUGAGAAGCUGGUGGGGUGACUUAAGGAAGCACCUUUCUGCCUCUACUGCUCUGUGAUAAUCGAGGAAAUAUGGUCCGAAGCCAGUGGGCAGGAGCCCUGGAAUCUUAAGAGAGAAAUGCUAAAACAAGUUCCCAUUCAAUCAAGGCAGUUUCAGCUGAGCCAGUAGUUCCUAUGUCUUGGAUUUCUUUUUGAUUUGGAUUUGUAUUUUCACUGUCACGGGUGUUUUGAUGUGUUGCAAUGUGACAUCUUUUAUUUGGCCAGCUGUCUUUCUGGGUCUCCAUAUUAUGUAGAUCUUUUUUCCUUCCCCUUCUUUUUUAAGCAUCAGAAGGUCUCAUUAGACUCUUUAUCAAGGCAGAGUGGUUAUUAUCAUUUUAGACACUUUAAUGAGCUAGAGAGGUACCAGGAUUGCUUUGUCUCAAAGAGACAGGGUCUCAAGUUUCAUGUAAGCUUUUGUUCUUUUCCCUGUUGAUCUAGAUCAGAUAGCCAGUAGUGUUUAGAGUGGUUUCCUAGUUUUCUGAUAUGGGGAGCUGGACCCAAAUAAAGAGAGAUCUGGAAUGGUUUGUAGAGGGUGGCCUUCUCCCUCUUCCCACGGAUUCCAGAGGACAACACAUCCCUGGACCAUGCCUUGAGCCAUCCCUGUUGUCCUUUGGCAGUUCGGAAACACGUGCUACUGUAACUCCGUGCUUCAGGCGUUGUACUUCUGCCGGCCGUUCCGUGAGAAUGUGCUGGCAUACAAGGCCCAGCAAAAAAAGAAGGAAAACUUGUUGACAUGCCUGGCAGACCUCUUCCACAGCAUUGCCACGCAGAAGAAGAAGGUUGGUGUGAUCCCACCAAAGAAGUUCAUUUCGAGGCUGAGAAAAGAGAAUGAUCUCUUUGAUAACUACAUGCAGCAGGAUGCUCACGAGUUUUUAAAUUAUUUGCUAAACACUAUUGCGGACAUCCUGCAGGAAGAGAAGAAACAGGAAAAGCAAAAUGGGAAAUUAAAAAAUGGCAACAUGAACGAACCUGCGGAGAACAAUAAACCAGAACUCACCUGGGUCCAUGAGAUUUUUCAGGGAACACUCACCAAUGAAACUCGAUGCUUGAACUGUGAAACUGUUAGUAGCAAAGAUGAAGAUUUUCUUGACCUUUCUGUUGAUGUGGAGCAGAAUACAUCUAUUACCCACUGUCUAAGAGACUUCAGCAACACAGAAACACUGUGCAGUGAACAGAAAUAUUAUUGUGAAACAUGCUGCAGCAAACAGGAGGCCCAGAAACGGAUGAGAGUGAAAAAGCUUCCCAUGAUUCUGGCCCUCCACCUAAAGCGGUUCAAGUACAUGGAGCAGCUUCACAGGUACACCAAGCUGUCAUACCGCGUGGUCUUCCCUCUGGAGCUCCGGCUCUUCAACACUUCCAGUGACGCAGUGAACCUGGACCGCAUGUAUGACCUGGUCGCUGUUGUGGUUCACUGUGGCAGUGGUCCCAAUCGUGGGCAUUAUAUUACUAUUGUGAAAAGUCAUGGCUUCUGGCUUUUGUUUGAUGAUGACAUUGUAGAGAAAAUAGAUGCUCAAGCGAUUGAAGAAUUCUAUGGCCUGACAUCAGAUAUAUCAAAAAAUUCAGAAUCUGGAUAUAUUUUAUUCUAUCAGUCAAGAGAAUAAAGAACCGUGGAACUCAUUCAAGUGGGGAGAAUGUUCAAAGCACUAUUACCUGGUUUCUCUGCAGACUUGUUUUCUUCCCUGGCGGCCCACCAGUGGCAUCACGCCGAGUGUCCAUGGUCUGGCUGUGUUAGACUGUUUCCCCUACCUCCCCUUUUUUACAUGCAACACUACUCUUGGUUUUGUUUUAGUCUGAUGUAGAGUUAACUGCAAUCAGAUUGUAGUAAGAUUUAUAUGAAUAACAGUUGCGAACUGAAGGACUGGGUAUACACUAUGACGCUCGUCAUGUCUGGUUGAAUUAGAAUGGCAUUUCUUAUGAAUGUCUGCAGUCUACUUGGGGUCUUUGCUAAACUUCAUAAAUAUCUUCCAGGGUCUCCUUACAGUACAUUCCUUUUUACUCAUCCCUGGAAGCACUGCUACCCGUUUUUAGCUUCCCUUGCCUCUCUUCUGACAGAAGGACAGAAGAAUUGGGUAGCCGUUCACCUCUUAGGGCUGUGCUAUAGCUUCUAAGUUGGCGCAAGGGAAAAUGUCGAAGAGCGAGUUCUCCACUAAAAUCAUCCUCCAUGCUGAAUGGGGUGAAGAGAGGCUGUUCAUGGUGGUAGCGGCUGCACCAUUAGAUUCCCAGGGUCUAAGAAGGCUUGGAGCUCAGGGCAGGCAAAGCCAAGAGGAGGGCUCUAUGGUGGACAGUGAAAAGUUACUUUUCUUAAUCUUUCUACCAAAAUGAAAUUUCAGGAAAAUAACUAUAUAAUGUUUGUUUUUAGUGACCCCCUUAAAAAAAAGAACAAAAAACCUUUUCUUCUGUAAGGUUCCGUGAGUAUUAUUUAUCCUUUAUCCGACACUGCUAAGCUUUUCACGGUAUCUUUCCAGUCCUGCUGACAUUCUGUACAAGUCCGUGGUUGCAGGGCUGAGAAGCCACGUUGGCUGCAUCCGGCACAGCUCUCCAUAGCCAGUCAGUACCGGCAUCAUUCUUGUAUCAGGAACAGUGAAGGCCCUGCAUCUGCACAGCCAUCCGGCUGCACUGCACAGCUGUUAACACUUUCACAUUUUCAGUCUGUUUACUGAGGCACUGGCAAGUCCCAGGGUUGAUGCAGGACCUCACCGAAGGGAGUACUGGAAGUAGCUGAGUAUAAAGGGCGGUCAAAGGAAGUGUCUAUGGGCAGGUGGAGGAAUGGACAAAAUGGUGGCUGUUUCUUUGGCUCAGACUCCUAGAAUGCAUGACAAGACGGAGUUUUUUGGAAGAACCUCAUCUCACUGUAGUUAUUUUUACUUAUUUUCAUUUUUGUUAUAUCUGUAUUUAUUAGAACAUUUGGGUAUUAGUGCCUUUUAUUAAAAGGGUUGAUUUGACGUUUGGCCGUUGAGCUGGUUUUUGGCUUCCUAAAAAUACGAUGAGUUGUAGAUCCUGGCUUCUGUUUGGGAAGUCAGUUAACUUCCAUACACUAUGAUAUACUGUGAACGUAUUAUUUUGUUACCUAAUAAAUUGGUGAACAAACGUGCAAACUUUUGGCAUAAUGUGAACUAAAACUGAAAUUGAACAAUGUUGGUGGUCGUUUUGCAACAAUGAAGAGAAUAGCACUUUAUCUCGAUGAAAACUGGAUUUCUUAUCUUUGAAAAGAUCUUGAACUGUCUGUUGCUCAGAAUUUAAGCAUGCCAACAUUUCAUUUGUUCAUGCUUGAGGUGAAAUGUUUUACUUCUCACUGGAAAAGACAAAAACAGGGUGAUCUUCACAUUAUUGUUUUAUACAAGUGACGAAAAUACACCUUGCCUUGUUUAGAGGCAAAUUCAUAUUUAUAAAUAUUUUGUCUUUUUUUUUUUUUUUAAUUUCCUCCCUAAACAUAUGCGGUAAUCACUUAUGUGGAAGGUGAGUCUUUAUUUUGUUUUUUUAAGGAGAGACACUUUCCAAUUGAAGGUGAUUGAUAGAGGGAAACAUUUGUACUAUAUACAACCCAUGCAUUUGACUUCAGUUUAUAAAGUUAAAAAAAAGUAAUGGUUGAUCUCUUAUUAAUAUAUUUGGAACUGAUUCAUAAGAAAAACCAUUAAAAAACCUUCGAAAUGACUCUUGGAGCUAAUUUAUUAGCAAAAAUGUUUCAGUUGUAAGCCUAUAGAAGUAAUAUUUAAAUACAAGUCGUAUGUUCAGUACAUUUCUUUUUUUGUUUGGAGGUAUAAUUACUGGAGUAAUUCCUUUUAAUAGAAAGGGUCAUUACAAUUCAGUAUUCAUGGAUAGAUUUUUGGAGUGAAAGAGGUAAGUAUGGAAGAUAUUGUAAAGAAUUAAAAUGGUUGUGUGAUGCAGAAAAAGAAGAUUGGAAAAAGAUCAAAAUGCACUUAUCUACCAACACUCCAGUUUUAGUUUGUUUUUUUAAUUUUUAAAGCUAUCUCGUAAUAUCUUUCCUCUUCCUCUUUAAUAAAUGAAACAAACACUAGGCAGCUACAUUUUUCCCCCAGUCAUUUCACUUUAUGUAGAGACAGCAUGUAAACACUUUUUAAAAAUUUUUAAUCCCUUAUUUGUAGUGUAAAGCAGAGGAUGGUGUGGGAUACAGGAGACCCUUCUGAGGUCAACAAUAGCACAAAUGCUUAGCAGUAUUCACUCAGAGGGCCAGGGUUUUUGUGUACCAUUUUCUGGCAGGAGUGAGUAGGCCUGCUGUUUUUUUUU